AGGGGAGAACAAAAAGAGAGCGAUCCCUCCCGUUUCCGGCUCUCGCGCUCGUGUAUCUCGGGCGGAUUUGGUUAAAUCUCCGACCUUCUCUCCUUCCCCUCCUCCUUCGGGGUAAUUCUUCGGAUCUUCGACGAAUUGGGCGUUCCAAGUUUCGAACUUGGAGUACUUCCCCUCCCUCUCCCUGGCCUCUGCACGCAGUUGUCCGGGUUUUCCAGCUGAUUUGGUUUUCCGAGCUGGAGUAGGGUUAUUAGGGUUGAUUUGGUUGAAGCUGCUUUCAUCUUUGUUGCUUGUGCUGAUUUCCGACGGCUUCUUGAUCUUUCCUUCUUUUUCUUCCGAGGGGCGCUUUCUUGCUGAAUUUUGUGCUUUUAGGGAAGAUGGAUUAGGUGCGUUCGAGGUUCAAUUUUGCUGAAAGGUACAAUUUUAUGCGUAGUGGAUCAUCGUUGAUUUGAUUUUUCCACACCUCAUGAUCCUUUUUGUAUUCGAUUCUGUUCUACGAAACAAUUUGGAUGGUGAAUUUUUCUUUUUGCCUUCUUGCGAUUUGAAAAGGAGUAGACGCUUCGGGGGCACCCAUUUUUGGCGUCCUCGCAUCUUGGUCGAUGCGAAAUGACCGAAAUUUUUAAUUGAUGUCAGUACUUUUGUUCCUUGGUUAAGAAUUGUUGAAGCUGGGUUUCUCGCUGAUUUAACCUUGACGUUGCUCCAGAAUUUUCUAAAUAUCAGUUUGUUUAUGAAUCCCUUUCUUUCUGUCUACUCCGUAGCAAACUAAUUUGAUGUGCACUAAGGUUUCUUGAUAACCAGUUAGAUCUCUCUUGGAAGCUUUGGGCUUUAAUCUUCUGCCAUUGUAUUGUGUCCCUUUUCUUCUUGUUCGCGAAGCUUCAUUUUCUUUUCUUGUUCUUUAUUGCUUUGAACGUCUUACAAGUUGUGAUUAAUUUCUGCUUGCGGUAUGUUCAUUUUAGCGUCGUUGCUUGAGCCCUCUCUUUUUGUGGUUGUAUUUGCCGAGUUUGGUGACUUCCGAAAUUUUAUUUUUUCUCCAUUGUUUACUAUUCACCCAUUUCGUCCUUAUUUCAUUCAUUGCUUAUAUGAUUCGAACAUUUAUAAACUAUUUCUGGGUUUAGGUUCUAAAAUGAAUAGCUUGCCUAAUGAUAGCGACAAGAGAAUGAUACCAAAGGACCAGAUCGACUCACCAUCAAUUGAAGAAGGCAACAGUUCAGGUUCAUUGAAUGGAGGAAAUCAGGUUUUGAAGAAGGGACCCUGGACUUCUGCAGAGGAUGCAAUCUUAGUGGACUAUGUUAAAAAGCAUGGCGAGGGAAACUGGAAUGCUGUUCAGAAGCACACAGGACUUUCUCGAUGUGGCAAAAGUUGUCGUUUACGCUGGGCUAAUCAUCUCAGGCCAAAUUUAAAGAAAGGUGCCUUUACACCAGAAGAGGAGCAAUUGAUCAUUGAACUCCAUGCUAAGAUGGGAAACAAAUGGGCUCGGAUGGCUGCAUAUCUGCCUGGCCGCACUGAUAAUGAGAUAAAGAACUAUUGGAAUACACGAAUAAAGAGACGCCAACGUGCUGGUUUGCCUCUUUAUCCUCCUAAUAUAUGCUAUCAAGUUUCUUGUGAAAAUCAACAAAGCAAUCAUUCUAGUGAUUAUAGUUACAAUGAGAAACAGCCUGAUGAGUUCUUGCAAGGAGGCAACUUAGACAUUCCUGAUAUUGUAUUUGACAACUAUACCAAUAAUGGGUCUUUAUCCUAUGCACCAUCAUUUCCGGAUAUAGCAGUUAGCAGCAUUCUAAGUCACAGGUUUGGGUUUCAGAACUAUGCCUUGCCAAAUCCCCCAGUGUGUUGUGUUGAGCGUCCUGUUGAGACUGAACACGUAGUCCCUGCUUCAAAUGGUACUGUUAAUGGUGGGUGUCCUAGAUUGGAUAAUGUUAUUUUUGAGCCUUCAGGAAAGAUGCAAGAGUCAUUUGGAUUAAGUUGUCUCUAUGAUCCUGAUUCCAGCAGUGAUAGUCUGGCACAUCAUGGAGGUGCAAUCCCUGGUAGCUGUGCUUCUCUAAAUGAUACCUUCUCUGCUUCUAGUCUCAUUCCUGGGACUCUGAAGUUGGAGCUCCCUUCACUCCAAUAUACGGAAACUGAUAGUAAUAGUUGGCUUGCAUGUUCAUCCACACCUUUUGAUUUAGUCAAUACAUAUGUCAAAUCUCCCCCAACUGCCUCAUUGCAAACUGACUGUGUUUCACCAAGGAAAAGUGGUCUGUUGGAAGCAUUGCUACACGAAGCGCAUGUAUUAAGCAGUGCAAAGAAAGAACCCUCUGAGAAGAUCUCAAUUUCUUUUAUCACACCAGCUGAGUUGGCAGAUGGUCCAAAGUUAAGUAUCAAUGAUUUGAAAUUGGUGGAACACAAAGAUCCAGUUUCGCCCUUGGGUCGUUCUGCUGCUUUUGUAUUCAAUGACGGCACCCCUCUGAUCAGUGGCAAUUUGUUAGAUGAGUUUCCACAUCCUCUGGCUCCUUCAAACUUAGACAGUAUUUUGGUGGAUGCUGAACAUGUUUCUUCUCCCAAUUUGGGGGCGCAAGACAUUUCACACUGUAGAGAUUCCUUUAGGCCUGAUGCUUUACUUGGAUCAGCUUGGCUUGAAAAUAGCUCUCAAAAUGCAAUAGACCAUUCUGUCUUCAAUGAUGCGAUAUCAAUACUUUUGGGUCAAGAUAUGUGCAACGAGUACAAACCUGUACCUGCUGAAACAUCAUCUGGAGUCAUGCAGGGAUUUGGGCUCGAUUCGUACCCGUGGAAUAAUAUGCCUAGUGCAUGUCAGAUGCCCUAAACUUCCUUGAGGUCUUUUGCAGCACAUUCUUCAGAACUUAUUUACAUUUCAGACAUUUUUCUUUCUUGAAGAAUUGCCAGGAUAGAGAUUUCCAAAGCUGUGUAUAAAUUCCUGUUACUUCCUAUGUUUCCGUCCGUCCGUCCGUCCAUCGAGGCAGGUCAACUUGUUUGCUUGGUUGCCAAUGACACUUACUGGUAGACUAACUGUUGUUUCUAUCUCCAAUUGUUAUAGUUCAAUAAAAAUUCUGGUUAGGGUAUCAACUGUAUCUGGGAGGCCUGAGGAUUGGUUUAUGUUCCGUUUGUUGUUUGUAUGCUGUUGUAACACCCUAUUUUCUCAGAUGAUCAGUCAGAUAUGGGAAUUCUUGUUUGUUUUGAAACUAUUUCAAAUUUAA